AUGGGUGCGCGCACGCCGCGGAGAAGUAGAAUGCCUCGGGCGGUGGGCGCCCUGGCGCUGCUGGGCGUCGUGGCGCUCGCAGUCGUGGCUGUGUGGCCUGGAGACUUCGGUUACGACGAUGAGUACGGCUACGGCCAGGUUUCGUGGAUGGGUGCGGCAGGCGGGCUGAUUUCCAGGCACGGAGGACGCGGGAGGCCGCAAGAGCGCCGGGGGCAGGUGUCCGCCUCGCGGGCUGCCACUGUGGACUCCGGCAUCCCCUUCGAAGUGGCGUCAAACAUCGACUUCGGCGACGCUACCGCCAUCAGUGCCGAUGGGGGCACCUUCGCCAUGGGCGCCCCGCUGGCCACUAUCGAGCGCCAGGCGCGCGUGGGCAUCGCCUUCGUGUUCCAGGUGCCAAGCACACCUGGUGCGAACGCGACGCUCAUCCAGACCUUCCUCCCGGAGGUCGUCGCCCCCAACACGUACUUCGGCGAGGCUGUCGCCCUGGACGGGUCGGGCCAGUCGCUGGUGCUGGGCGCCACGCACGCCAGGGGGACCGGCACCGUCGAGGUCUACUCCCGCGACGCCGCUGGCGGCACGGUCGCGUACACGCGCAUUCAGACGGUGCGGCCCAACGUGGCGGAGCUGGGGGUGGACAACAUCCCUAUUCGGUUUGGGCACACGGUCGCCCUGACCGUCGACGGGCGCACGCUCGUGGUGGGCGCGCCGCAGUUCGGUCUGGACGACGAGGGCGCGCUGUACGUGUUUUCUCGGCCGGACGUGGUGGGCGCCUUCGGCCUCUCGGAGCGCCUGGCGCCCAAGAUCCCGGCGGGCUGGCGGUGCGACAACUGCCGCCUGGGGGAGUCCCUGGGGGUCUCGAACAACGGCGGCGCGGUCGUCGCGGGCGCGCCCGGGUACGUCCUGAACCAGCAGUACGACGGGCAGAACCGGCGCAUCGCGGGCAUCGACAGCGCGGGGGGGGUGUUCUUCUUCGAGCGCGUGUCCGGCGGCCGCCGCUACGAGGCGCGCGACCCGGCGGCGCUGGAGACGCCGCUGAUCAACGGGAAGUUCGGGACGGCAGUGGCCAUCAGCGGCGACGGGCUGGCCGUCGUGGCGACGGCGGACAGCGCAGGGUCGACCGGCGCGACGCUGUACCACAUGAACGCGCAGCCGCAGAACGGGUGGCCGACGCUGCCCGUCGCGGUCCCGUCGUUCCCGCUGAACAUCACCAUCGACUCCGUCAGCCUUGCCCUCUCGGGCACCGGCAACGUCCUGGCCGCAGGGUCCUCGCGGGGAAUCCCGAACGUGCCGCCCUCGCAGACGGCGCUGGCGUUCGACAUCGGGGCGGUGCUGUUUUUCGAGGGCAACGGUGCGGUGGGGACCUACGAGCGGACGUCGACCAUCGUCGACGUCACGGGCAACCUGGAGAUUGGGCAGAGCUUUGGAAAGACGGUGGCGCUCUCGCGGGACGCGUCGUCGGUGUCCAUCGGGGCGCCCGCAGCGAGGUCGUCCUUCAACGGGAAAGGCUUCGUGUACCGGACCGGGCUGAGCCAGCAGGUCGCGACGGACGCCAGGGCCAGCACGGACGUGAUCGAGGGGGUGGGCGCCAACAGCCCCCCGUCCGCGGGGACCUCUGCGCGGCUGGGGUGGGCGGCCGCGCUCGGGGCGGCCCUCGUGCUUGCCGCGCUGCAGUGGUAG